AAUCGCCACAUUCGUACUCGAGUGUCGUCCUUCUAUUCGAGUGCUCUUACGCUUUUUUCCUUAACCCACGUGCUCUCGCAGAUUUCGUAUUGUCGUACGCGAAAAAACGGCGAACUGCUGCCGCACAUCAACAAGGUCGGCUCGUUCGACGUCGAAUGCACGAAAUUCUACUCGGGCGAGAUUCUGGUCGCCCUCGAGUACCUGCACAACAUGAACGUGAUCCACCGCGACCUCAAGCCGGAGAACAUACUGCUGGACGAGAACUGCACAUCAUGAUCACCGACUUCGGCUCGGCCAAGAUGUUCAAGCCGCCGGUAGACCGUAGCAGGGCUCGCAACGGCGCCGCGGCGUCAACGGCUGCAACGACGACGACGACGAGGAUGAGCCGCGUCGCCGCAAAAAACAGCUUCGUCGCACCGCCCAGUACGUGUCGCCGGAGCUGCUGA